AUGUCUGAGCCGUCCGCGUCAUCAGGCCAGUCAGAGCUCUUUAAAUCCACAAUUAAUGAGUAUCUUGACAACUUACCUGAGACCGUUCAUUUACAGCUUUACAGGUCGCCUGAAACUUGUCUCGCCGUGUUCCGAUUGUUACCAUCGCUCGCAAAAUUUUACAUCAUGACCAUGUUGUUCCAAGACGCUGCAAUUCCCUCUACUGAUUUGAACCGGUGGAUCAAGUCUAGUUCUUUUAAUGGCUCGCGCAACUUGAGCAAAAUCUAUCAAAAUGACUCGCUGAAGCGACUCAAAGCACUGAACUUGCUCAAGGAAACAAGACGUAUAUUCACUCAUCCGCAAACUGGCCAGACAACGCAAUUGCCCUUUGUCUCGCUGAACCCAACCUUUAGACAAAGCUUCAGAAAUGCAUUGACAGGAAGUCGAGAUGCAAAUGAGGUUGUGGAAGAUAACAAUCUGGAAAGCAUAGAAACGAUAAGCGUUGAGUUUCUGGACACAUAUUGCUUGCACAGGUGGGAGAGCAUAUUGCAUUUUAUGGUCGGCUCGGAAACUAAAGAGCUACCUAGUGUGGGUGUCUUAACUUUGCUUAGAUACAGCGGGUUGAUGGAGCUCCCAUCGGACAGAGAACAAAGAGAGCAUUUAGGCGAUGACUACGAAUUUCAGCCCAAAUUACAACAGUCAACUUCCAUUCAAACACUGAAAAACUUGCUCAUUACCCAGAACGGGUUUCAAUUUCUUCUGCAAGAUAUCAACUCUCAGAUUUGGACACUAUUACUGCAAUACUUAAAAAUGUCUGAAAAACUUAUGAUGAACCCAGUCGAGGUACUGAACUUUAUCUUCAUGCUGGGCUCCUUGGAGCUUGGACAGGGAUAUCCGGUGGAUCCUUUGAGUGAUACGCAGAAGAUAAUGCUGGACGAUCUCAUUGAUUAUGGACUCAUUUACACUCCUUCAAAAACAAAUAAAAAGAUAUUCUAUCCCACGCGAUUGGCAACGACGCUUACUUCCGAACACACCAACUUCAAAACUUCAGCCGCAGUAAUCGACCAAGAAAUUGCCAACUCGAAAAACAGCAACAACCAAGGCACUAUCGUGGUGGAAACAAAUUUCAAAAUAUACUGCUACACAUCUUCACCGUUGCAGAUUGCCAUCUUGAAUCUGUUUGUCCAUCUCAAAGCCCGAUUUGCAAACAUGGUUACAGGGGUCAUCACUAGAGAAUCCGUUCGUCGCGCUCUGAUUAACGGAAUCACAGCAGACCAGAUGAUCAACUAUUUGAGCUCUCAUGCUCAUCCUUGGAUGGUGAAGCAAGCCGAAGACAAAUUAGCACGCAAAUUGGAACUCGAAAGCUCCAUUGGUAAUGCUGCGGGUCAACGACAAGUAGACCUUGAAAUUCUACCACCGACAGUAGUGGAUCAAAUUAAACUUUGGCAAUUGGAGCUGGAUCGUAUCCAAUCAUUUAAAGGCUAUCUUUACAAAGAUUUCUCCACCGACCUGGAGUUUGAAAAGCUGCUUACUUACGGUGAAGAAAUUGGCGUGAUUGUUUGGAAAGACCGCACUAGAAAGCGGUUCUUUGUUACCCAGGAAGGUAACGGACAAUUACUCGAUUACGCAAAUAGGAUCAUACGGGGUAAUAGCUAAUGACAUUCGACCACAUCUAUUUUUUCUUCUCUUCCUCCUCCACAUCAGUAUCUGUAUCUAUAUCGGUCCAGUCAAUUUCUCCCUCGUCCUCUUCCUCAGACUCGUCGUCAGAGCUGCUGUACUCAUCCUCAAUUUUACGCACGCUCUCGCCACGCAUCUGGGCCAAAGCACCAGCAAGAGAGUCUUCUUCUGGAUCCUCAAUUUCGUACAGAUCUUUCUUGGUCGUCUCAAUCGGCUUAUUUUCGACUUCCAUUACCAAAGGAAUUUCCAAAUCUGAGCCAAAAUAGACCAAAUGCCUUAAGGCAAGGCGGAACUGGAAUUUUCCUUCCUCAUUAGGUGUAGGAGCAGUAAGAGGGAAUUUGAAUGUGGAAACAAUGGCUUUGGACUCCAAAAAUUCUUCUUGAGUCAAUUGGAGAUUCGAAAGGUCGACUCUGGAAACAUACUGUGGGUUCUCUCCUAGCUUCCCAUCCCUCUGGAUAAUCAAAAAUGCAAUCCAUCCGUUGUUUUCUUUCAGGUAUUCUGGAUCAGGGAAGUAAACAGGAGCCGUAGAAAGCUUGAUCGCCGGCUGGUCCUCUAAGAUUUUCAUUGGAUUUCUUAAUGUUUCCAGAGUUUCCUGCUCUUUGAGCUGCGUCUCCUGCACCUCUUCGCUCAACUUUGAAAUUUCUGGUUUGGAUUUAUGGGCCGGAGACUUCACCAGGAAUUUUAGACUUAUGUGCACCGUAGAAUUAGGAGGAACGUACGACUCGCCGGUGACUUUGAACUUGCAUUCCAGAGGCUCGAUUAGUGGGAUUUGGGAGGCGAGCCUAAGGACCUCAUCUGUGUUUGCACAGUUCAAAAAUUUUUCCGGCUCCACACUUGGGCUUUUCAGCAGCUUUCCUAAAGUGUAGAUUGGCUGUUUGGUAUCCAAAGCAUCCAACUCGACACCGGGAAGCUGCAAAAUUUGUCUGUAUUUGUAAGCAGUGGCGUUGUUUUCAAUAUUGAGGGCCUGAAUAAUGCAUCUGUGUGCCUCCACGAGUUUCAAGCAGAUAUCAGUAUUCCUGAAAUUCGAGGCGAUGUCAAUGAACCCGGUAAUCAAUUUCGGAGUUAUAGACACAACUUCUAGUUUCAGCUGUUCGUCCUUGGGGUCGAGAGCUUUCCUCUCCAGAUGAGAGAGAAGCAGCUCCAAAACCUUUUCGGGUGUGAGAGACUUGUCAAUGGAUUUGUAUUCGGUAGAGGCACUGAGGUACUCCAACACCGUCUCGAUCUGGUAUAGUUUGGCAGGAUUGUAGUUGAUCAGAACAUCUAGGAAGUGGGCAGCGGUGUCAACGUGAAGUCCUUGUUUAGUGUAUGAUCUGACACCGUUCCACCACGAGCCAACAACGCUGGGCAAGAUAAUAGCAAUAAGAAGAACGUAAGAUAUCACAAGUAGAGGUGAAAUUUUGCCCUCAAUUAGGAACUUCGGCAAUGCUAUUCCGUGUUUGAUGUCUCCUGGACCGUCAGGAUUACCGUAUUUAAGGAAAUUCUCCCGGACAGCGUCGUCCGUCAACGCCUUGUAGGCCUUGUUGAUCAACACGUAAGCAGAAUCGACCGCCUCAAUCUCCUUCGGGGUCAUCUUGGACGUGUCGACCUUGUCUGGAUGGAAUUUUAGAGACAGUUUCCGGUAGGCGGCCUUGAUGACCUUUUCAGAGGCAGAUUCGUCGAUUUGAAGGAUUUUCCAAGGAUCGAAGUUACUUUCUCCGAUGACCACUUCCUGUCCCAUGAUCUGGUACAUUAUACCUGCGACAAGCAGCCAGCCCAACGCAACAAGAACAAAUUUUCGUGAAAAGAUGCUCUUGGUCCGCUUUUUGCUCUUGUACAGUUUUUGCGCAGAUUCGUUGUAUGGUCUGAACCAUGACACGGGGCGUAAUUCGCCCUCAUCUUUCGAGCCACGAGUCAGGAUUUCCCUCACCAACGACCACGUGGUUGGCACAAGAGGCACAAGCACGCUUGUUAGCGCAAAAUACGGCCACGUUUCCGAGUUUUCGUCGUAGUCGUA